AUGACUCAAAAAUCUAAAUUUGGUUGGUUUUCUUCAAUGUUUAAUCAUGGUGGAAAUUCACCAAAUGGUGGAGGAGGUGGUGGAGGUGCCGCCCGUCGUUCAAAUUCACAUUUAUUAGCUAGUGGAGGUGCCGCUGCUGCUGGUGUUGGAGCAGGUACAUUUAGUAGAUUGGAUAGAUCAGCCGAUGAUCUAGAACGACAAGCUGGUAAUGGUACUAAUACUCCUGGAGGAUACGGAAGUAUGUCGAAUAAUUUGAAUAAUAAUGGAAGAAAUUACGAAGAUUCAGAAGAUGAUUUUGUUUAUCGUGGUGUUACAAAUUCCAAUAAUCUUGAUUCAAUUUUCAGAAGUUCAGGAAGAAAUACAUCUUCAAAUGCUAGAAAUUCUACACUUUAUAAAUCAACUAGAUCAAAUUCACUCAGUGGAACAAAUUCACAACCUACUCAAUCGAUUGAUGGAUCUGAAAAUAUGCAUACAAGAAUGAAUUCAUAUGGUCAUCCAUUAGCACAUCCAGAUGAUUUUAAUUUCAAUGAAGAAUCUAAACCAAUUACUAGAGGUGGAGAUAUUUCAAGCUCAGAAUAUAAUGAUGAUGAUAUGGAUGAUGAAAGUGAUGGUGAAUUCCAUCCUUCCGAUUAUGAUUCAUUUAUAAUGCCUGGUGAUGAAAGAACAGGUAAUAUAUUUGGCGAUGGAAAUGAUGUUUAUGGCUCAAAUAAUUCGUUGUCAAGAUUCCGUGAAGAUGUAUAA